AUGCGGGCGGCGGACCGGGAGUUCCGCGUGCUGCCGCUGACGGUGAAAGCGAUGGCGGUCGCGAGCGCGUACCGCGUGGGGGAGAGCAGCUUCGUGGUAAUGGGGGAGUACCUCACGCCCGUCUUGGCGCAUCAUCUGAAGCGCGCGCUCGUCGACGAGUGCGCGUGGGAGGGGGGUACCGGCGACCGCGCGGUGACUGCGGCCGAGUUUCUCUGGCUUCGGAAGGAGGACUACCACGGCACGCCAUGGGCGCCGGUGAUGAUUCGCUGCACGUUCGCGCGGCCCGUGGGGGGUGACAAUAACGGGGGGUCGUUGCUGCUCCGGCGACGGGGCACGGAGGAACCGACGGCGAUUGUAAAGAAGUUCCCGUUGGUGAUACAAGAGAUGGAAAUGGAGGUGCUUCGAGAGCCGGGCGCGUUUGAGCUUAUAAAGCAGCCGCCAAUAUACGAGUUGGCGCACUGUAGCGGUCCCCUUUAUGGCCACCUGCGGCCCCGUGCCGUCUCUGAUUGGCUACACUACCACUCGCGCGCAGUUGGCGUACAACACUUCUUCCUCCACGAUUUCGGGGCUAUAAGCGGAGAUUACGCCACCGCGUCAGAAGAAACCGCAGCAUCAUCAGCAGCAACAGCAGGGGCAGCAGCAGCAGGAGCAAGCGAAGUGAAGGGAGCGAGUGCAGCAGACACGGGAGAGGAAGAGCCGUCCUUGGCGGAGGCCGUAGCGCCAUUCGAGGCGAGAGGGCUGGUGACGGUGACGCGGCUGCUGGGGCACGAGCGCUUCCGGUCGCACUACUGGCACCAGAUACUCACUCAGAACGAUUGCCUCUACCGCGCCCGCUACACCGCCAGGUGGCUCAUCUUCACGGACAUGGACGAGUACAUCUUCACGCCUCCCCCCGCAUCGCUCUCCUCCGCGCUGGCGGGUCUGGCGCGCUCCAGCCACGCAUGGGCGUCCAUGGACGCGUACUGGGGCUUCAUCACACGCUGCCGGGAGAAGGGAAAAGGAGCUUCUGGUGGGUUAUUUACCCAUGAGGAGCCGACUGCCCAUCUGCAGCAGCCUCAACUACAGUGA